AGGGGGGCGUGGUGGCUUUGUCCCAACCAAGACACACCAAUCUACAACUCAAGCCAUGCUGUCUAGGAUCAUCAGCUUGUUCCCAAGGCGUACUACUACAAGCAGCUAUGGAUUCCUGCAUAUAGCGCAUACCAUGAAGCUCCACUCCACUACUGGCGCUAAGGCUAUGAAUCAUGAUCCAGACAGCAGGCAAUCAACAGGCUUGUUCAACCUCAGAGAAUUCUCCACGCCAGACGGUUUCACCACCUCCACCCAGAUAGCUCUGUUUGAAUCGAAAAGUCUCGUAAAUGACAUCAUCGCUUGUGAUCCAAAUAUCACUGUGGUACAGAAAAUGGACAAACUAUCGAACACUUUGUGCAAUGUUGCUGAUUUGGGCGAGUGUAUUCGGCAACUACACCCGAAUCCUGAUAUGGUACAGAAAGCACAGGAAGCCUGUAUGGCUAUUGGCAACUAUGUAGAGGAAUUGAACACUAAUCCCCACUUGUACAACGCCAUCAAGGCACUGAUGAACAGUAAGCAAUACGAUUCCUUCGAUGAUGUCACGAAAUGCACGGCCAAAAGUUUCCUUCACGAUUUCGAGAUAAAUGGCAUUCACCUUGAGAGCUCAAAACGCGACAAAGUGGUCAAACUUAGUAACUCGAUUCUAGACAUGAGCUACCAGUUCCAUUACAACGCAUCACUACCUGUUUUGAUACCCAAAGAGAUUUGUCUGCCCCAACUAGUCAAGUAUUUCUAUGAACAUAAAGGCUACGUUCAUAUCGAUCACGUCCCUCACUACAACACCAACUCUGAGCUACGAGCACUAAGUUACCUAAUCUUUUACGGUCCUAAUACAACACAAGAGACGCUAUUAGUGAACUUACUCGAUGCACGACGAGAGUUGGCCACACUGGUAGGGUACCCCACCUUUGCUCACCGUGUACUCAAAUCCUCAAUGGCUCGUGAUCCAGCUACAGUCAUGGAGUUUCUCGAUACAUUAAAUCAGAAAAUUAUGCCGCUUGCCAUGGCUGAAGUGAGUGAGAUGGUCAAGCUUAAGCAAGAAAUGAAACCAGCACAAAAAGACCCUAAUGCCAUAAGACCAUGGGAUAUAUCUGUUGUCACAGCUGAACGCCAAAAAGAAUCUAAAUUACUUGAUCUACAAUCUGUUCGAAGCUACUUCUCUCUGGAUGAUUGCAUCUCUGGAUUGAACACCAUCUUCACAGCCUUGUUUGGAAUCAGACUGGAAUCCGUCCCAGUCAAAAGCGGAGAAGUGUGGGAUCAAAAGGUUUUGAAGCUAGCAUUUGUUCACGACACAGAAGGAGUAAUUGGGUACACGUAUGCAGAUUUGUUCUCACGACAUGGAAAAAUAGCUUCUGACUGCCACUUUACCAUUCGAGGAGGUUGUGAACUACAGAGGGGUGAUGGUUCAACAACUUACCAACUGCCUGUGAUCACACUAUGUUGCAGCAUCGACAACAGCCCACUCUCACAACAUUCAGUAGAGAACUUCUUCCACGAAAUGGGCCAUGCUCUUCACUCUAUGCUCGGACGCUCCAAGUACCAGAAUGUUACUGGGACUAGGUGUUCCACAGACUUUGCCGAAGUUCCUUCUAUCUUAAUGGAGUUCUUCUUGAAUGAUAGUCGCAUUCUAUCAACGUUUGCCAGGCAUUACCAAACAAGAGACUCUAUAUCCCAGGACCACAUCAAGUCGUUCCAAUUUUCUAAUCAUUUCUUCCCUGCGUACGAGACACAGAUACAGAUACUCCAUGCUGCAUUGGACCAAUCCGUACACAGCCAGCCCCUCAAAACUGGUGAAACUGUACUGGAUCGAUAUGCCCUCUUACACUCCAAGUACUCUCCCAUUGACUACAUUCCAAACACUACGACCAUCUCAAGAUUCAACCACUUCUAUAGCUAUGCUGCCAAGUACUAUUCUUAUCUCUGGUCUAGGGCAGUGGCCUCUCUGAUUUGGAAGUCAUGUUUCGCCGAUGAUCCGUUUUCACCUGAGAGUGGUGCAAAAUACAGGGAAAUGCUUCGCCAUGGAGGGGGGGUUCACCCCUCCACUCUAGUGACUGAUUUGUUAGGCUAUGAACCAUCUAUUUCUGACCUUGUUAAUGCCCUUCAUGAGAAUGUAAUCGAAAAACGGACAAAAGUAAACACUUUAUAGUUUAUUAUUCAUGCAUAAUAAUUAUGUUUUCCUCUGAAUAUUUUGGUCAAUCAACAGCCAUAUAAAUGAA